AUGUCUAACCGGGGAUACGACGUAGUCGUCGAUGUGGAUGCCCAGGGUGACCUUGGGGACACUGAUUUCAACCCGGAUGAGGGCCUUGUAUUCCAUCCGUCCAACUAUGAAAGCGACCAACGCGCCGCUAAAGCCCAAGCCGACUCCGCUCCAUUCCUAGGCGGCAGUUCCUCGCGCGGCCGCCGUGAUCGAUCUCCUGGCGGCACACCAACAAAGCACACCUGGUGGUCGAUCCACUACUACGAGCGAUUCUUUGACGUCGACACAAACGAGGUGUUCCGGCGCUGCGUAGCAACCUUAUACCCGCGCUCAAAUUUUCUGGAUGUUCUCGAGGGCAAUGCAGACCUGUACGGCCCAGUUUGGAUCGCAACGACCGUCGUUGUGAUUCUGUUCUUGACAGGCACUAUCUCGCAGUGGUUAUCGAACAAUGACGAGAAACACUUCGUGUACGACUUCACCUUGCUCUCAGGUGCUGCGGGCCUGAUAUAUGGAUAUACUGGCAUUCUGCCGAUUGCGCUAUGGGGGGCUCUGCGCUGGUUCGGGAGCUCGUCGGCUGAUCUGAUUGAGUGCUGGGCUUUGUAUGGGUACUCGAAUCUGGUUUGGAUCGGCGUGGCGCUUGUUAGCUGGAGUCCUCUGACUGCUCUGAACUGGGCGUUGGUUGGUGUGGGCUUUGCCUGGACUGCUUUCUUCCUUAUCCGAAACUUGUAUCCUGUUCUGAGUGCUACGGAUGCUAAGGCGAGCAAGAUUCUCUUGAUCUUGGUUGUAUUGCUGCAUGCUGGCUUGGCUAUUGCCAUCAAGAUUUUAUUCUUUGCGUGA